AUCGUCGGAAUGAAGAUGCUAACACCGGUAAACAUUCUCUUUGGAUUUGUUACUGUGGUGUACAUGAUUAUUGUGGCAAUGACUGUACUUUAUAAAGUACCAUACAGCGAAGCAUAUGAAAGUAUCACGUGGGUGUGUUUUUAUUUGGCUGUGCUCAUCUAUUUGGACAGAUAUUCCCAUGUUUGCUUCAAGAGAGUUCAAAUUUUCAAGAGGUUCGGAAUUAUGCACCUACUGGCUACAAAUGUCGUCUACGUGUUUGAAAUUGUUGCUUUUGAUACCCAGGAAGACUAUUAUGUAUAUUACCCUAAAAACCUUUCUAUUUGCACCUUAAAAUAUGACCCAGUAUACAAAGGUCUCCCAUCGAUCGUCGAAUAUGCAAGACCGUUUGCCGCAGCAUUUUCCGCCGAGUACAGCUUAAUAGCAGUGUGUCUCCUACGAAGCCUGUGGAGUAAUGUCGGGGGAACAGUGAUUAUUCGAAACACUGAAAACAUCUCUAAGCGCACUUACCCUAUCAUGGAAUCAUUGUACGGCAUCCUAGGGGGCGUGGUAGUCUUUACUAUGGUUUUAAUUCUAGGUUUAUGCUUAUUCAUUAAGACAUGUGUUCUUUGUUGGUAUUAUUUGGUUGUAAUUAAUUGUAUUUUCGGUUUGGGUUUAUUAUGUACGUUUAUCUGUCUGUUAAACACAACACUGCUAAAAGAAGAUGAAGAAGAUGGAUCGAAAUGUACUUCAACUGUCAUAUAUGAUAUAGUUCUGUUAUUGUUUUGUCUUAGUCUUUACAUCUUACAGACCAUGUAUACAUCACUAGCAGCUAUCAUUCAAUACAAAAUAACGCAUGUAGACGUUUCAAUUGACACACGAAACACGACCAUUGUAAACAAUUUGGCCUAACAAUAAUAUAAGAAAGAGUAACACAAUCAUUAGUCAAUGCUAACUUACUGACUUACUGGAGCUAAAUUGCAUGCAAUGUCAUCGUAUGGUACAUUUUAUAACAGCGCAAGACUUAACAUGGAUGUUGGUGAUGUCAAUGAAUGUUUUUUAGCGAGUCGCCAAUUGAGUGCAGUUUACGGUACUGGCCUGAUACUGAUUUUGUCACCAAUCGUCAUGGCGGUUAUCCGAGAGUUGGAUAUCGACUUUGCCUACAACUUCAUCACUAUAAUGUCCAUCAUUGCUCUCGUGUUUAUGUUCUUGACAUUCUCGAUGGAAGUUUAUUUCUGGCGAAUUCAUGGCGAACAUAUCUUUCAGGAAGUUAGAAAUAAUACAGUUAGCACAUAUUUAAAAGUUGGUACAUUGUUGUUCGGUUGCGUUACUGUGAUUUUCCUAGUCAUAAGCAUCAUCCGAGGACUGCAAUGUACAGGCAAUGGAUUGGCUCAGUAUUAUAUGCAUCUGUCAGAAAUGUGUGUAUGUCUAACAGAAAUCAUAUACUUGUACAUGUACUCACAGGUUUGCUUCCAGAAGUUUACUAUUUUGAACAGAUUCGGCACCAUGCACCUAAUUGCAACAAACAUGGCGUACUGCAUUGGUACCUUUUUAAAUGAGGCGUUCUUAGACUACUGUACUAAAUGUGGCUUGACAGUGUGUCCUCUUUGUGCGAAGAUCAUCAUUACCGAUAGAGGUUACUCAAUUGUUCACGAAAUCUACAGUAAAAGCAGCCCGUACCUGUCGGCAUGUUUAGUCGAAUACUGCGUCAUUGCGUCGUGCCUCUUGCGGAUCACGUGGUGUAAUGUCGGACAUCGUAAUCAAUACCAACACGUUGGGAUUCCACCACAACACAGCUACCAGAUAAGAAAAUCUAAGUACGGAAUCAUCACUGGAUUUUUGACAGUCGUAGCUAUAUUCGCUUUCGGAAUUGUUCAACAUUAUUAUCACAAAGCAGUGCAUAAUAUAUUCCUUUAUAUACGGAUUGGUUUAGAUACAUCAAUCUGCGCAUGCCUCUUCGUUUGUUUGUGGUGUAUAGACGUAGAUGCUGAUACCUUCUUUUCAGAAACAAUCUCUUCAACCCAAGACAGUGUCUUGCUCCUGUGCUCAAUGUCUUUUCUUGUGUUACAAUGCUUGUAUACAUUAGCUGCGGCUAUAGUAAAAGGAUGCAUAUUGCUCGCCCUUGAUACUACCUUGUGCCUAGCCAUGAGUAUAAUGCAAGCUUUGUUUGUGAUAUCGAAGAAGAGUUGCCUUCGAAUAUACUCGAAACCAGGCCGUAUGCACAACCUUUUGCUUUUCCUAACGAUCGCUAACCUCUCUUACUGGAUUUUAAGCCACUAUGAACUAAAGAAUGAGCUCGAUCUGACUAAACCCCAAGAAGCCGUCUAUGGAGAACGGGCGUGGUAUGCCAUCCACCAUGUCACAGGUCCAUUAAUCAUUCUGUUCUUCUUCCAUUCAAGUGUUUGCCUUUUCGAGAUUUGGACAACACUUCCCCUAGACGGUAGCAAUAGGCCUACUGACCAACAGUCCUCUUCGAAUUCUAUAAUACAGUGAAUAUAAACAAACAAACAGAGCCUCUCCUCAGCCAAAAUCACAACUUUGUCUAAAGAAUACCAGGUAACAGUUAAAUUGCCGUAAUUUAACUGUUCCCUGAGAAUACUUUUAUUAAUAUUUUGUCGUUUUCCUAUUUCAUCUUCUCCUAAAUGCUUUUUAGCUGUGGAAAUAUGUGAAAUAAGUAUUUAAAAAAAUACUACCGUACCUUUGGUGUGUACAUUGAUGAAGUCAUGACUACUCAUCGGAUUUAUUUUUGUUUUGAAUAAUUUAUUUUUAUCUUUUUUUCCUUUAGGCACAUGGCCAAGGAUUAUUAAUAGUAACUAAAUCACUGUCCUAUGAGAUAGGUGGCAAUCACUUCACAUGCAAACAUAAUCACACGAUGUUUUACCUAGACCAAGUGUCAUAAGAGGCUUAGGGUGUUGAGUAGACUUGCAACAAGUCUCUAAUUAUUGAUUUUCCUAGUAUUAGCUAAUUUUGGAGAGCGACACCAGCGUCGGUAUAUAUCUAGAAACUUUUAUGAUCAAAGAAAAAGUAUACUGUACUAUGAAACGCCAAGCAUAUAGGUAAUAUGGAACGCCAUUGGUGCCAAAAUCGAUUUUUAAAGCAUUUUUACUGAUUAAGACAAAGUUUAGGGACUAGAACCUAGUCUAGGAGUGGAGUUGUUUUGGUCAGAAAUCGAACCCAGGACCAUGGGAUGGAAAGGCAGGCAUCUUAACCACCAAGCUAUUCAACUCCACUCCAAUCAUGUUUAAUUGUUCAAUCUUUGCAUCUGUUAAUGAUAUUUUUUAUGAUUUAUGAUGAAUAAAGAAUUCUGUAUGACACACACACACACACCUACAAUUUAGAUUUAUCUUCUGAUGCUAAACAACUUCAAAAAGUUUAAUAGGCACGGUAGGCCCUAUAACAAUUUUUUAUUUAUUGAAACACAACUUCACUGCUUCUCUCUCUAUCAAAAUAAAUACAAUUUUCACAUCCGUUAUAUUUUUUUGUAUAAAUACUUGACAGGAUUUGACCAAAUUAAUAAUUAGUUUCUACUAUAGUUCCAUCCAUAAAUACAAUAAAACGUGUAGGCCUACAUCUGAUUAUAUAUCAAUGAAGAGAGAUAUCCUAAAUGUUCUCUAAAAUUUGAAAAAAAAAUGACCUCUCUAAGCAACUUUAACACAAUUAAAUACUUUUAUUUUAAAUUAAAUAAUUUAAAGCUGAAUAUUCUCUAUAAACACAAUAUUAUGAUCAUUAAAGUUAUUUGUAACUCUACGUUUCUACAGUAAUAAUCCAAUGAGUAUUAGCAAUGUACUUGCAGUAUAUAUAUUUUCUUAUUUAUCUGUUCAUUCACUAUAAAUAUAUGUGUCAUGGUA